AUGUCUGCUCAUGAUAAAUCCCUGAAAACCACUGAGGAAGUGGCUCUUCAGAUCCUCUUGCUUUGUCAGUUUGGAGUUGGGACUGUGGCCAAUGUCUUUCUGUUUGCCCAUAAUUUCUCUUCAAUCUUCACUGGUUCUCAACAGAGGCCCAGACAGGUGAUUUUAAGCCACAUGGCUGUGGCCAAUGACUUGAUUCUCUUUCUCAUUGCAUUUUCAAAGAACAUGAUGGCUUUUCCUCCAAGAAAUCCUCAAACAGACCUCAAAUGUAAAAUAGAAUUCUUUACUUGCAUGGUGGCAAAAAGCACAAACUUGUGUGCCACCUGUGUCCUGAGUAUCCAUCAGUUUGUCACUCUUGUUCCUGUUAAUGGAGGUAAAGUAAUAUUCAGUGCAAGUGUCCCAAAUUUGGCGAGUUAUUCUUGUUACAGUUGUUGGGCCUUCAGUAUCUUAAAUAACAUCUACAUUCCAUUUAAGGUCACUGGUCCACAAAUAUCAGACAAUAACACUGACCCUAAGAGCAAGUUGUUUUGUUCCACUUUUGGAUUCAGUGUAGGUAUUAUCUUCUUGCAGUUUGCCGAUGAUGCCACAUUCAUGAGCAUCAUGGUCUGGACCAGUUUCUCCAUGGUACUUCUCCUCCAUAGACACAGGCAGGUAAUGCAGCACAUCCUCACUCCCAAUCAGGACACCAGAGGCCAAGCUGAGACCAGAGCAACCAAUACUAUCCUGAUGCUGGUGUUCACAUUUGUUAGCUUUUAUCUUCUAAAUUUAAUUUGUUUCAUCUUUCAUAUCUAUUUCAUAGAUUCUAGUGUAAUCAUGAGGCAUGUAGGUGUGGUUUUCGUAGUAAGCUUCCCCACAAUUUCUCCCUUAUUGUUGAUCUUUAGAGACCCUAAGGAUCCUUGUUCUGCACUCUUCAACUGUGGAAAGCCAUAG